CUUAUAUAAGAAGAAGAAACUUGAUAUAUAUGAUAACUGGAAUCAAGCACAUAUACUCCCAUAUAUGUCGAAGAUAGCAAAAGCGGUAAAGAUAGAAAAUAAAAGUUCCACAAAUGAUCAGUGUGAAAACAAGAUCUUUUACAAACUAGCGGCCUCGUUGCCUGCUCGGCGUCUGACUGAUCGCGUUCAAAGAGAGGCCGCGAUAAUAUAAAAUUUGCAUGUUGCUUAGCGGGUUUGAUGACACCUAGAAAACGAUCAAAUUAUCUGUGUAUUAUUACGCUCCGCUGCAUCAGAGAUUACUGCUUGUCUUGGCGUUGUGUUGACACGGAGUUUCGUACGUUUUAGGGCAAGUGAAGUUGUAUUCAUAUCCGCCUUCUACGUUCACCUUUAUAGUCGUGGUUCCCGGCUACUUUACCUCUCAGCAAUUUAGCUCUUGGAUCGUAUUACACAAGCAAACACAUGCGGUGUUGAUUGGCUCCUACUGCAUAACUAAACAAAAUAUUCAGAAGCUCAGCCGGUCGUUGUCUUAGUUCGUCUUACUGGCAGGUAACUACAGUGUCCCAGCUACUGUCACACAAAGUACAUAAUUAUUAGCCCUACUUCAAUUGCAAGCUUUUAUCAAUUACUAACGAGUAUGUAUUCUUUGUUAUUAUGCUGUAGAUAGGCGGCAAAUAAAUGGAUGCGAUAUCGUUUGUGUAGUAAAUGUGUCGUCGGGAAAUGGACGAACAGAGAAUACUGAGUUCAGACAUGGACCUGUUGAGACGGGAGAUAAGUCUGUCCAAUGAGCAAGUCGAAUUAUGGCUUGACGAGAACCGACAAUGGACUGAAGAGUAUUUUCAACGUAAAGCGACCAUAGAAUUUGUCCUCGAAUGGAUUCAUCUGAACGAAAACACUUGUAAAAAGCACGGUAUUUACACAAAGAAGCCUGACGCUUGCAUAGAAGACCUACUCAAUAAUAAUAACAACAAGGAUAAGGUUGAAGGCAUUUCGUGUUCAAAAGACGAAGACAUAGAUGAUGCAGGCGAGGUAUUAUCGCAAUGCCAAGGGAGGUUUUCAAGGAGAUACUCAGAGCCUGUUGCAAGCAGCAGGGAUCUUCGAAAGGACUUCCGACUGAGGAGGAAUCAUUCAUUGCAAAGUCAAAUACAUGCAACUAUUCGUGAAGGUGAAACUAAAGACACAACGCUACGAAAACACAGUGCUGAAUCGCACUUUUCGGAAAAAUUUACAAAUGACACUACGUGUGCACCUAUUGUACGACAACGACAUCGAUCGAUAGCUCAACUAGGCUCGCUUAUCGAAUCACGAAUAAAGUUGCCAAGCACAAAAUCUUUAGACCAAGGUAAAAAACUUAACUUAAAACACAACAACGAAGAAGACUUUUUCUACGAGAUAAUUAAAGAUAUCGCGAACAAUUUGAAUCUGAAAACACUUAGUUAUAAUAUACUCGUUAAUAUUGGCAUUCUAACUAACGCCGAUCGAUGCUCAUUAUUUUUGGUCGAGGGACCGAAAAAUCGCCGGAGUUUGGUAUCAGAAUUAUUUGACGUCCAUCCAAUACGACUUCGUACGACGACUGAUCAAAAUGGCUUCGAGAUUAGAGUUCCGUGGGGCAAAGGAAUUGUUGGAUAUGCUGCAGAGACGGGCCAGACUGUAAACAUACAGGAUGCUUAUGCGGUAAGCGAAAUAGAUUUUUAUUUCUAUUUAAUUAUAAUUUUCUUUGUGGCGUCUCGUUUGCAGCUAACUGUUUUGACGCCAUUGUCACUGCGCAAUACCUGUUGUAUUAAUAUAUAUUGGCAUUAAAUAUCCACGCGAUAUAUCCUAUCGAGUAUAUUAUCGAGUAUUCAGUUUGGGUUCAAAGUGAAGACUGACGGGUUUGCUUUAAUUAAUACGCGUCAAUGAAUUGAAAAGUACAAUGGGAUUUUUAGGCAGACGAAAAUGUUGCUAAGCACGAUUAAUUUCGUUUCGUUUGUCUAUUCUUUAGUGUGCGUGCGAGGAUCUUGCCUAAAUCUUCAUAACUAGAGCUAGAGGAAGUUAGAACUACUUGUAGAUGUGAAUUGUAUCCCAUAUAACAAAUGGUUUUCGAGUGUGUAUUUUAAUAAGUUCGCAUAUGCAAAAUAACUUAGUCUUCUUAGACCAGUGAAAGAUGUACAAGUUAAAUUUCACACAUUAACGAUAACAACUAAAGCCACUUUAAAGGUUUUUAUGACACAUUGUUCGUACCGAAAGUAAGGUCAUAACGAUGGCUUUAUUUAAUAUUGUUAGUCAACAGCACGUCUCGUCAGAGACACAAGUUGCACGAAAAUGCGACAGAGGUUAAAGGUUAAUACAAAGCCAAAAAUAGGAUUAUUGCAGUGGAAUGUAACUGUAAUAUUAAUAAACAAUAAGCACAACGCCACGAGCAAUUUUAGCCAUUAACCAACGUCAUGUUGUUCAAAGCGCUAUUCAUACAACGACAUGAAUAUUCGCAACAUGAAAUUACAUUUUGAAUCUGUUCUUAAAAUUUCUUUGUUUUCCAAUCUUUAUGUUUGUUUUUUUACCUAGGUAUACGCUGCUUACGCACAUAUUGUUGCAACACGUAUUUCGGUAUUUGUUUGUUUACCUCUUUUAUUUUAAACAGAAAACUGACUGUGAUUAAUUUCUUAUAUCUAUGAGAACAUUAUUCAAUAAGAUAACAUGCCAAAAACAUUCAUUUGCACACUUUAUAACUACUCAUGCAGUAUGUUCAUUAUCGUUAUUGCUAUUGAGUAUUGUGGUCGGCGGACCAUAAGAUUCUAUAAAAAUUCUAGAAAUUCGUCGAGAAAAGUUGAACUGAUCGCCUUGAUACCAGAAUUCAUAAAAUCAGUUAUCAGGGUUGCUGGAACUAUAAAUGACAAAUGGGACGGCUAUAACUUCAGCCGGCUAACUACAGUGACGUGCUGAGCUAGGGACGAGAACUUGUUGUGGGCCCCUGCCAUCAUGGGCCCCUAAAAUGAAAACAUUGGAAAAGAUAAAAAAUAUAUAGAUUUUAAUUUUGAAAAUCAAGAUUAAUUAAGAUAUUACAAUUUAUAUUUUAAAAAUCUAAAUUUACGAAAAUAUUUCCGAAAAAUUUAACAUAAAUUUUACAUUUAACAUUUUAAAUUUGUUUACUCCCCACCCCAAUCUUGAUCCAUCCGUCACUGGGCCUGAGCCUCAUCAGACGAUGCUCAUUCGUCGUCGUUUUCAAGACCUCAGCACGUCCCUGGCUAACUAUAUACCAUGGAAAGCUUAUUCUAAGUAAUUCAUGCAAUCGUCAUUUUCUUAGCUAAAGUAAAGAUUUCUUAAAAAUCUGAGCGGAACAACCUAAAAUAUAUGAAGUCAUAGUUGUUUUUCCAAUUAUACUAGUUUCGAAGAAAACCAGUUCAAUUGGCAAUUGUUCAUAACUUCAUACAAUUUAAUACACAAAUUCCAACAUUAUUCUUGCAACCAUUUGUUACAACGUCAACGGCUUUCUUAUUAAACCAUAAAUUUAAAUACAAGGAUGCGUCUGUUGUACUCUUCAGGCAUAUUGGCAAAGGGAACGAGGUGUAGCGCUCCUGCUCUAUAUCAGCUCAGACGUUAAUCGCAUUUUGUACGAAUGUUCGACCACUAAACUAUACAUAGUUCUGAAGCAAUCUAUAUUUGUUACUUGAUAUAAAUUGAACAAAAUUGUAUCCUGUUGCGUGACGUCAUAUAUAUUUAUCUCGCAAUGCAGUCUACACACAUGAAAUUGCCACGUUCUAAAUUCUAAUUACAACCUGACUAAUUAUUGUUUACCUAUAAUUACAUGUACGAUUGGGUGAGUACCUGCUAUGGGUGCUGAUUAUAUAAAUUUGCCUACGUGGUUAACGCUGGGCGUUUUGAGGCGUCUUCAAAGACGAUCAGAUUUCGGAAACACAUUUUAGUACGAGCAAUUAAGACCAUUUGUUAAUUCGUUCGUGACAUUUUCCCGCUUGACCUCUGACUCCAAUAUAGUUGCUCAUUUUAUUGCCGAUGAAAAUUUUUUGAGUGUGCCUUGAAACAUUUUCUCAUAAUACAUAUCAGGCCCCAACUUUUUGUAUGCACUGUAAACAAUGAAAUUUACGAAUGCAAUAAAACAUAUUGCAUUUUGUGUAUUGCAAAAAAAUCGCGCCAUGAAACAUUUUCUCAUAAUAUACACAUCAGGCCUCAACUUUUGUAUGUAACAAUGAAAUUUACGUCCUACUGCAUUGUCAUCUGCAGAUUUGUAUCGUUUAUUAUAAUCUUAAUUCCCCCAUUAUAAAUGUUUUAUAUCACUGGAAAUGUCUACUAUACUGUAUAAGUUUUCUUUUGACUUCAACGAUUAUUGGCUGUGCCAAGGGAAAGGUCAACUAUAUAGCCUAGUGCUACACAGCUGAAUAACAGAAAAGUGUUUUGUACAAGUGAAUAACAGAAAAGUGUUUUAUAGAAAGAAAAACGUGAUGAAUCUCAUGCAAGUGCAAACACACGCAGCGAAGAGCGCCUGUUUUGACAUGGGUGUUCCGUAACGUUUCCGAAACCAAUUCGAGAAACAUUUCACAAAAUUGUCACUGUUUACUUUUCAUGUUAAAUCAGCCUGCCGUAUAUAUGUCCGCGGUAAAUGUACAAAUUUCACGGACAAAUUAAAAAUAUCUAUAACCGGUGACGUGCAGUUACUCAGACUCAGUUGAGGCAUUUCAUAUAUGCCAUUAAUGCACAUAUUUUUCAGUGGCUUAGCAAAACACUUAUUCAAUUCACAAAUCCUGUAGUUUUCAACAUCGUGGCCCAUGUCGGUAUUUUGACAACAAACACAUGCAGCUGCAGAGUAUAAAUACAGUCAUGCCAAUUAUUCAUGCAUGGACGAUGCGGAAUUGAAGUGAAUAUUUUUUAACUCACAUAUGUUUAUCACAUGAAAAGUGUUAUGAUUUCAGUUGACUACUAUGAAACAGUAAUUAUCAAAUUGACAAAUAAAUUACUUCACAGAAAGAAAGUUCGCAUGCUUCCCCCAAUUGAUAGGGAGUUAGGUAAAUGACAUGAAGAUUGGAGUCAUUUAUGAUUACAUUUUUGAGUGACCAUGAAUUUCAAUUCAUAAAUACUCAUUUCGAAAUUAACAAACAAAAGUAGUCAAAUAUACAUGCAUAAUUAUCAAAUUUAAAAAUCACAAAUAAAAACUCAUUUGCUACUUUGGGUCGUCCACUAGACCACUACAUACAUGCAUGUUCUGUCCUUUCAUCUGAUCUGUCUCAAGGAGUCAAGCUACGUUUACACCCUGCGAUUAAUCGUGUACGAUUCGUUUUCUGGCGUUUUAUAUCAUUGAGUAAACACGCGUAAGCUCUAUGGCUGGCUACAUUUGAAAUUUCUUUAUAACGCAACGGCAAUGAAUUAUGGCGCCAGCACUCAUUUUAAUACGCCAGAAUACGAAUCGUAGCGUGUAAACGUAGCUUAAGUGAACUUUUGUCGCUGUCUUUUAUGACAUUUAGGCGAACAGCCAUUCUUAGUUCUGGCUAUUUUAUAUCAUGGAUGUCAGCCUAAAUGCCAAUUACUAUUCUCUGUCUUCUUCAGAUGAUCUGAGAAUAGAUUAAGGAACAGAUAUUUUCAAUACAAGUUUGGGAUGAAUUCCAAUCAUGGAUGAAUCCAUGCAAUCUUCAACAUUAUUAACUUGUGCAUAGGGAAAUUGAAUACAGCUCGUCUGGUUGAAAUAUUGACCGCUGACAGUUUAAAAUCAAUCCAUUCCGCUUAUCGCAAAAAAACACUGAAACGCGUACCAAUCUGAAAUCGGCAACAUUUUCUCACGACGAAUUUAAUCUAAACAACAAUUUACAAUUCAUAAUGAUCAAUAUUAUUAUAUCUGAACGAAAACACUUGUAAAAAGCACGGUAUUUACACAAAGAAGCCUGACGCUUGCAUAGAAGACCUACUCAAUAAUAAUAACAACGAGGAUAAGGUUGAAGGCAUUUCGUGUUCAAAAGACGAAGACAUAGAUGAUGCAGGCAAGGUAUUAUCGCAAUGCCAAGGGAGGUUUUCAAGGAGAUUCUCAGAGCCUGUUGCAAGCAGCAAGGAUCUUCGAAAGGACUUCCGACUGAGGAGGAAUCAUUCAUUGCAAAGUCAAAUACAUGCAACUAUUCGUGAAGAUGAAACUAAAGACACAACGCUACGAAAACACAGUGCUGAAUCGCACUUUUCGGACAAAUUUACAAAUGACACUACGUGUGCACCUAUUGUACGACAACGACAUCGAUCGAUAGCUCAACUAGGCUCGCUUAUCGAAUCACGAAUAAAGUUGCCAAGCACAAAAUCUUUAGACCAAGGUAAAAAACUUAACUUAAAACACAACAACGAAGAAGACUUUUUCUACGAGAUAAAGUAUUAUACUUGUGGCUUAAAAGGUUGUUCGUAUGAUAAGAUAACGGUUUAUUGCAAGCGUUAAAAGAUCAACAGGAUUUUCAGAAUUUGCUGCAUGCCUAUAAUUAGUUAUUCGCUCCAUCAGAUUUAUUCGACAUUGCUAUACAUUCUACAAAUAAAAAUAACAUGAAAGUUUAAAUAAUUUUUGUCAUUUUUAAGCAGCUUCAUGCUGUGAAACACAGCAUACUUAACUGCGACUCUCAGAGAUAAAGCUUUCCAAAAAUGUGGCACGUGUAGACAACUGGACUCAUUAUUUUUUCAUUCAAAUUAGCAUAUAUUGUUACAUGGAACUGCGCGUUUUGAAUAAAUUCGUUACAGCCAAUUAUGUAGGCUGUGCAAAAGAUCUUUCAACAUUCCUAUAUUAGCUGACUCGUCCGCAGUCGCUCAUCCUGCUGAAUAAGCGUCCCAAAGGAUCAUUGCGCUAUAUUUUUCAGAACGGUCUCGAGGAUCUAUGGAAAAUGCUUGUCAUCACCACUAUUGAGUAUUCAGUACACCCCUGUAGCAAUUGCAUUUAAAAAAAUAUUUGAAGAGGCCGAUGAAACUGAAAACAAGCAGUUUUAUGCCUACUGGUUACUGGUAGAGGCGACGCAUAUGUCAUCGCCAAAUUGCAACAACUGAAGGAUUCGCAGGGAUGGCAAUAGUGUAAAUCGUCUGGGGAGUUCUGGUCUCGUAAGAAAGAAUCUGGAUAAAUAGUUUUCGAAGAAUUCAACAUUUGGUUUUUGUUAAGUAUACUUCCAUUUGGACAGAAUCAAAUGACUGAGCACCAAAUUGAACGGCGCGACCGCAUGACUUCAUUAUUUAAGAGGUUCUGUAAGAUACAAACACAAUCCUCGUUUUAUUCCAGUUUACGAAUUCACAGAUUUAGUAGUAUAUCGCUCUUUUGUUUCCUUCAUUUCGGCAGGGGCGGAGCUAGUCAGCUACGGGGUGGAACACCCAUGCACCUAGUCGUCAGGUUGUCGUUAAAUCAUUGUACUCCAGGCAACAAAUUGUUUUCCCAGUUGGCCAAUAGGAAGGAAAAAACUUAAUAAAUUGAGUGAAACUGAUUAAAAACCAGUAAUUAUAGCUCAAACUUGAAAAAAAUUACGGAUACAAUAUGGACAAACUAACCAAGGGCCAAGUGCUACGUCAGAAUUCUAAUUACGGAAAUUUUCUUAUGUUUAGGUCCCCCGUCUCCGCCCGCCAAGAAUUUUGGGGGGAAAUAUUAAUUAGGGAGAAACGUUUUUUAAUAUACAAUGGAAAUAACUCUUACAAAAUUUCACUUACACACAUUAGAAUAGUGCUAGCGCCGCCCCUCCUUUUGGGCCUUAAUAUAGGCUAGGUACAAGAUCCAAUUUAUCCUAAGUGGAACUGUAUCUGUUUUCGCGUGUUAUCACUUGUAUAUCAGCAAUUUGAGAAUGUAUUAGGCCCGGUUUAGACGCCGUGCUUUUCAUGAGCCGUACUUAAUAAUUUGCGCUGCUUCACUUUGAAACCUGGGGCGAAUGACAUUUCAUAAUAAGAAAAAAGGGUUUAUCACAUACAAUCUUGGCAUUUAUGAGCGUCUACACUACUACAGGUUUGCGGUUAUUAAAAAUUUCAAUUGCUUUUUGAGAAGCCUUAUUACUACAAACAUAGCAUAACGUCUGGAUAUAAGUGUGGAAAAACGAGACCUAUAGGUUUAGGGCGAGUUUUUCCACGUUAUUCGAGUUCUCCCAAACUACUACAAGUGUUUCUAUAACUGUAUGGGUCAUACAUAAUAAAUGUUUUAUAUUUAAUUCAUAAUAUAACUAAAAAAAGAUUUGUAGUAGACUCGAUAUAUUUACAAAUUCUCAUUGCGUAAUAAUGCCGACCUUUGCUCCAUCAAUUUACUGCAAGAAACCCUUUUUGCCUUUAUCAACAAAUAUCGCUAUAAGCCUAAUUUCGCAACUUUAUGCAAAGAGUCUAACGAAAGGUGUAUCCUUUGCUACAAAUUGACGUAUAUAAAGAAAAGAAAGGGAAAUUCUACCGCGAUUUUUGCCGAUAAAGCGGUAUUAAAUCACUACAGAAAAAAUAGAACAACAGAAAUACAAAACAAGCCAGAAGCGGAAGUGGGAAGGUUUUUGUAUUUUGACUGUAUUAAACAAUUUUUAAUUUGCAUUAAAAUUGUUUUGUUUACGAUUGUAAGUUUAGGCGGGAAAUUUCCCGUGUAGAAACACGCUUCUCGACCAAUCAACGCACGCGUACUAUAAAUGUUCUAUUUUAUCAUAAUUUAUGCAUUUGGUACGGCUCAUGUAAAGCACGGCAGUAUAAAUCAACAUGUGCUUCAGCCGUGUAGCACGCCUGAACCAGGCGAACUUAUUAAUUUAGCCGUGCUUAAUAUUAAGUGCAGUGCUUAAUUGAUUUAGACGCCGUGCUUCUCAUGUGCUUAAUUCAUUGUAUUAAGUUCGGCUCAUGAAAAGUACGGCGUCUAAACCGGGCCUUAGCCCACUCGAAACGAGUGAAGUUAAUUAUCAUAUCAAUUUUAAAAUACACGUGCAUGUUCACAAAACUUGACGUCAAUUCAUACAUGAAUACAAACCGAGACUUUAGGAUAUCAUUCUUCCUUCUCAUGUGGGUGAGAGCAAGCAAAUGCCAAAAAGCUGGAAUAUUUGGUUUAACACACACGGUUUAUUUUGAAAACCUACAACUACUUUUUGUGUUUAUUGAUUUAAUUAGAGCGUGAGUUGGACAGUGGGAGUGUAGGAUAUACCGUGUACUGUCUGUACAUGCAUGCAUGCAUGACUCAGUGACUGCAGUUACAUUAGGGACUGGUCAUAAAGUAACUGCUAGGGUGGGCUGGAGGUAAAUCACAAAUUUUGCCAAUAAGUUUGGUGACCCAUCUUAGGAUGUAGAUAAAAAUUUCAAAGCCCAUCUAAUCCUACCAAAUUUAUUUCAUGACCCACCCACCCAAUCAAAAUUGGGAAAAUACAAUUUUAUAAUAAAAAAAACUUGCAGGUAUGAACAUUGUAAAUAUACACCGGCACUGUAUUAACAUACAUAAUUCCACCAAGUUUGACCAACAAAUUCAUCACUAAUUACGAUAUUGAGCUGCUCUCCAGUUGGUUGUAUUUGCUGUGAUUCGACCACUUCUUGUUGUUGUAUAAAACAAAGUACUGGCUUCAAUAGCGUCAUUUGCAUUUGAUAAUUUGGAUAGUUUUGUUCACUUUUAUUAUUAAUAUCUUUAUGUAAUAUAUAAUUAACAUGGGUUUUGUUUGGUGGCCCAACUGGAGAUACCAAUAAAUUUGCGGCCCAUCGAAACUGCCCAAAGAUUUUCCAUGGCCCAUCCCAAAUCACUCCAGCCCACCCUAGCAGUUACUUUAUGACCGGUCCCUUACUUGGUCAAGUUGGAAAUAUAGGGAUGUCCGUUGUAGUUGUUUUGUUUCGAAGUGCUAGCAAAUUAUAAAAAUUGUAAAAAUAUCGGAUUCUUAGUGUUACUUCACUUCCACUCUUAAAGACAUUACUUUAGAUAUAAUAUUUUUUAAGCUUAUUAAUAAUUUCUAAGCGCAGCGGAAAUAGAAUGAGGACCGUGCCACAUGUUAAACAGUUUAUAAUAUACAUGAAAAAUUACUCAAUUCUGAUUGGCCAAGAGCUGUGCAAUUAUUUUGAAAUUGCACAUUGUGCAACUACAUUGCGGCAGAUAGUGGCAAUGUAAAUUUUCACUUUUUUAACGACUUUUUGCACACUUUCAAUGGAAAAUCGUACGUAAAUAUAACAAUUUAAGUACAAGGAGCACAUAGACUGAAAAGGUUCGCUAACAAGCAAUGAAAACAAUGCUUAAAUGGCGUAGGUGAGUGCACAAGUGUUAUCGAAGUGUGUAAACUUUUCAUGUAUAUUAUUAACAAGUAAUAGUAUGGUUUCUCGUGCAAUUUGGAAAAAACAUUAUUGUGGUUAUAUAUUCUACCGAUUUUUCAUUACGAUUACGUAGUUCUGUCAAUCGUACUAACUGAGUGAGGUAUAUAUGAAAUGGCACUUAAUUUAUUAAAUAUUUCGGUUUGUUGAUCGUCAUACAAAUUUAAAAUGCAAAAACUCAUCUGAGAAAAUAUGCGAUUCGAUCAUCAUUUCUCGGUGUGGAAGUUACGCUAUCGCCGCCAUGUUGGAUUUUGCAAAGGAUUUUGGUCACACAUGGCGAAAAUCUAUUUGUCCUUUUUAUCCCUUGAUCUGCUUUAACUGAUCGCGGAAAUCGGUUCAAGGACUCUUGCCACCUGCUUGGAUAUUUGCCUUGCACUGCAUGUUCACUCGUUUCUCAGUAUUGACAUUGAUCUACUGUAGCUACAUAUUUAACGUGUUGACAGAAAAAUAUGUCAUUUCAGUUUAUGUACAAAUUGAUGGUUUUCGCUGCCUUAUAUGAGGCAGAUGUUUUGCAAAGAUAUCGUGAUAUUAAUAUGAACCUGAGUUUAACUCUUUUCCCAUGCGCAUUUUUUUCUUAAUAACCGUGAACCUUCGAAUACAAACCACCCAUGCACCAAUUUACUAUACAACCCAUUCCAUAUACAUGAGCUACCUGAGUAUAAGCCCAUGGGUUAAUACUCUGAUACGAAAAAUAUGUUAAUUCCCAUGUUUAUACAAAACAAGUGUAACUCCAGGGAUCGAUAACAUUUUUAUAUGUAUCAUAUUUAUCAUAUAUGAUAAAUAUAAAAAUGUUAUCGAUCUUUUGUUAAUACUCAGUGGUUCUAAAAAUCCUAUGUUUAUGACCUUCUUGAAUACACAGAAAUGUAGGAAAACUAUAUGACUGUGUUCUGAACAUAUCUUCUUUCUGCACUUGACUAAUGAAUUUAAUUAACGUGUUGCUGUUUAUAGAUUUUGAAUGUGAAAUGUUUUUUCACGACGCUUCAUAAAACAAACACGCAUGAGAACAAACACGCAAACAACAAAAAAAAACAAUCGUGUAGAAGCCCCUUCUUCCCUAAUACAAAGCACUCAUAUACAGCUAUUUCAAUUAAGGUUGUCCCCCGAGCAAAGCGGAAAAGUCGAAUACGAGCGCGAAAGGCUGCUGGGAAUCGCUACUAAAUUAAUGAAUUUAUUAACGAUUCCCAGCAGCCUUUCGCGCUCGUAUUCGACUUUUCCGCUUUGCUCGGGGGGCAACCUUAAUUGAAAUAGCUGUAUACAAUGCAUAUACUGAUAUACAAGCCGUACACUUACCAUCGAAUGUAAGUCCAUGCACGCAUUUGGAUGUUUAUGAGGUAACCUUAAUAAGGCAUAUGGGUUUCAAUUAUUGAAGAAUUGCCGUAACCGAGUACGCAUAUGGUAAGUUGUGACGAAAACAUCAGUAAAAAUACCAGCACAAUACCAGCAACCUAGCUUGAAAAUUGGUAAUCAUUGAUUUGGUGAUUGACAUGUGUAGCCUGGGGAGGAUAGAAAUAUUUCAGGGUGUCGCAAUAGGAAAUUGCGGCCGCAAAUUGAAUCCUGAGAUCAGUCAACAAAUCUUAACUGGGCACGCGUAGGUUGUACAUGCUGACGUAUAUAUUGAAAUAUCAAUGAGGCGAACGUAUGAUUAUUUCAAGAUAUAAUCGCCAAAGGUUUUGCGGGUAACAAUUUGAGGUAAAUAAGUGGGUAAAGGUCUUAAAGCAAUAUAACGUGACUGAAGCAUAAUUAAAAACACUUUAAAUCCACAAUUUAAGCCUUAUUUUGUUAUAGAUAAGUAAAAGUAAUUAAGAAAAGCAAAACAAAAAGUGUGGGAAAAGUCUAAACUGAGCCUACGUUGCCAUGUAAUGAAUGCUCAAUGGCAGGACCAUAUGUUAAAAUUUCAUUUUGAAACUUUUGUUACACUGAAGCACUUCGCUUUUAUCGAGCUCAUCACUCAAACAGAUCUCAUCUAAAAUGUACCAUGCAUGUGCAGCCGUUACUUUUAGUAUCGUGCACAAAUAAAAUUCACAUAAAACAUGUUACGAGAGUGUAGGUACUACUUAAUUGGCACUCGCAAUAGUAUUGCUCAUUUCGUGUAAUACAGCUAUUUCAACUUGGUUGUCACAAGCAAUAGUCAAAUGUAUACGAUCCGAGCGCCAAAAGUAUAAUGAGAACAAGAUAUUUUAUGGGGUGAAACGUGAAAGUAUUAAAAAUCAUAUAUAUAUAUAUAUAUAUAUAUAUAUAUAUAUAUAUAUAUAUAUAUAUAUAUAUAUAUAUAUAUAUAUAUAUAUAUAUAUAUAUAUAUAUACCCCUGGGAAUUGCCAAAACAAAAAGGAGCUUACAUAUAUGACAUAUAUGUCCAUAGGCUACCUAUAUACAGCUAUAAAAAUUAAAAUUUGGUAUACCCAUCUUACUGUUCACGCUUGGAAUGUGCACUUAAAAUUAACUAUGACAACCUUAACUGAAUGAUAUAUCAUAGUGUAUCAGGAUAUCAUAGUGUAUCUUCUAGAUAUGUUUUGUAGAAGGAAAUUUCGUGCACCGGAAUCGCAGGUUCGAUUCGUGCCAGAGGGCCUAUAGUUGCAUUUUUGCAACUGCUUCUAGUUGUAGGUCUACUGAUAAACGUAUAAAAUUCACACUCGAAAUUUCCAUCUGCAAAACCCUUGUGCAAUUCAGUAUAUCGAGUGCAGAUGCCCGAAAUCCUGAUAUCUUAUAGAUAACAAACAGUUUUCAACGCCAAUGCAUGCAUUGCAUCAUCAAGAUAAUUAUGCUUAUAGAUAACAAUCAGUUUUCAACGCCAAUGCAUGCAUCAACAAGAUAAUUAUGCAAUUUACGAUUAGUCUUCGCCGCAGGCUCCAUGAAUUACAAUUGGUAAUUCGCAGGCCAAUUUGGAAUCAACUUAUUUGAUAAAUUGUCUCAUAAUAUGUAUGGUGUUAAGCAAUGAACUCAUGCCGCACACAUGCAUUGACAUCUUUGUAAUUAAGUACGCACGUGAUAGUGGUGGAUCGCACGUGAUAGCGGUGACAGCUGUGACGUUUCUCUGUAAAAUAUCAUGGAAAAAUUCGAUAGUUUUUUCGAAAGCCUUAACAUUUCGGAAUCAUCUUUGCAGAAUAUAAAAAAGAAAACAACUUGAUACAAACACCAGUCUAUACAUUCGACAUUCGUAAUACCAUACCUGUUCUAUACGUAUACAUCACUGUUAUUACGCCUUCCUUGCAUUGAAAACACUCAAAUUUCAAGAAAAACGCGCUCGAAUUAUCAAUAUGUCAUGCAAAAAAAAGUUGUUUUGAGAAACGUUGGAAUUUUUGAAGUUCAUAUAUAUUAAUAAAAAUAUGUCAGUAGAUGGUCGACAGUUCCUCGCGGAAGCAUCGCCAAUAGCCGACCGUAGAAAAUAGCAGAAAAUUACCAUAUAUUCAGCUCAGUUGAGUGUUGUUCAUUUAUUUGCGAAUACUCAUGAACCGACGGUUUCUCGUAUAAUGUGUAUUCUUAAGUAAAUUAUUUGAACCAGAGUCAGUGUCAGUGAUUCUUAGCAACAAGGGGCGGAAAAGAACGCAACAAUUGCGAAUUUUACAUUGAGUAAUCCGCCGAACUAUUUGCCGAAUUAUACGACGUAUGUUGCCUAGUUGUUUUACAACAACAUAUUUCUUAUUUAGUCUGCUUGUCUCUCUACAGGAUUCAAGAUUCAACCAGGACGUUGAUAAACAGACUGGUUAUCGAACCAAGAGCCUGUUGUGUACACCAAUCAAAAAUAGCGAUGGCGAGGUAUGGAGAUAUCUUUGUAAUAUUAGCUAAUAGCUGUGCUUGGUUCGAUAGUCAUCCCCUUUGUUUGUGUGCACAUGCAGGAAACUAAAACUUAACUACUGUUUUUAAGCUCGAUACUGUCAAUGUGGUUCAUUGUAGUUUGGUAUAGUUUCAUUGCACUCAAGGAAAUUUAGGAAGUAUGUAUUCCAGCAGCCAUGCAUCAGAAUAUUUUCACGCAUUUUAAAGCAUGCAAAUACGAUAUAUGACCAUAAAGUAUGACGUAAUCUACUGUUUCACCUAAAGCGGAGACUUGACCAGAAACAGUUUUAAAUUUUACACUUUUAGUACAAUGGCAAAAACUAUGAACUGCCGUUAUAAACAAAGUCAAAAACAGAGACGGAGAAAAUCAAAUUGAAAUUUGGAUACGAUGUCAGUGGAAUACCCGUACUAGAUUAAGCAUUGCUUAAGUUCGCUGUAUCCAGUACGCGGAGAAAAUAAAGCCCCAGAGGCUGAAAAAUUUAAACAAUGACAUUUCCGGGGGUAAACCCCCAGAGUCCCCUACAAAGUCAUACCUUUCCAGUUUACUACCUCCUAGUUACACCACGAGCAGUCCCUCGGGAGAAAGGAGGGACUGUCGACAACACGUCAAGAAACGAAAUACGCGUUGCCCACACAACGCAAAAUUCCCAUUGGCCUGUCAAUCAAAUCUGAUAUGUAGUAAUUAUGCUAUAAAUAAUUUCCAGAUUGAAUGUUGAUUUUAUAAAUAAACAUGACAUUAACGGUUCCUAUUGGAUAGAUUUAAUUGGAUAUAAGUAAUGUUUAUGCCAAAGCGGAGCCAACUUCACAAGAGCGAAAAGUGGGCGUAUUUCGUUUUUUGAUGUGUUGUCGGCAGUCCCUCCUUCCCCCUCGCACGCCCGGGAAGCUAAAACCGUGGAAAGGAGGGACCGCUCGCAGUCUACCUCCUAGUUAAUUCAAUUUUUUUAUGGCUUUUCCACUGACAACUAUUCUUGAAAAAGGCCAUGCUUAGCUGGUCUCGACAGUUUACCAGACCUUAUGGUGCUUCAUGCGGUCAUUUGAGCAUCAGAAACGUAAACAUUUCUCAGGUCCCCUCCCUCGCCCCCUAUUUUCUUCACAAGACACUUAUGUGCUGGGGCGGUGAAGCAAGGAUGGUUUAUAAUAGCUUUAUUGGCAUGACCCUAAAUUACAGAUGAAAGUGGUAAUGAAAGUGAUGAAGGAAUGAAAGUGCUGCGAGUCAAGCCCCCUGAAAGAGAUUAGACUGGGAGAAUAUUCUUCCCUGUUUCAAAUGCAAAGUAAUUGAUUAUACAUAUUGAAUAUACAUGAUUCCCCUUACAUGGUUUGAAACCGUUGUUGUGGGUGGCUAAGAUUUUUGAACCGGUGACGAAUUUGAAGCUCAAGUCUUCCCCCCAGAACGCAGGAAAUGCUAUUUAAGAGAUUUCUAGAUCUAAACUUAAAAAACUGAGAAAACGUGUCCACGGAAUCGAUCGACGCGAAUUUGUCGAAUAAUCUGCCAUAUGUGCCAAUUAAUUUAUUUAAAAAAAGAACACUGUAGUACACGUUCUUAGUGCAUGCGGAUGGUCUAAUUUGCAUGACUGUGUAUUGAGAAGCUGUAAAACGUAAAUUCCAUUAGAUUCCAAAUGUAUAAAUAUUUAUCAAAUGAAAGUAAAUAUUUCCCCUGCUAAUAUCCUGUCUUAAUCUCUUCUCUUGUAAGGUUGUUGGUGUGGCUCAACUCAUUAACAAAAAUCCCGAUGCUUCCGCGUUUACCAACGAAGAUCAAGAG